AUGUCUCAAACUCAAGACGCUUUCCCGCUGGCAUCAGAGGUAUACAACGAUGCACCAAGUGCUGACUCUGGCACCGAAGCUGGGGCUGCUGGCGACAGCUCAAGCAACUCCGUUUCCAUCUCUCAAGGCGGCAUGAUCGCCAUCAUUGUUGUUGUCGUUGUUGUCAGUUUGAUUGGUAUUUCCACCGCUGCUCUUUUCUUCAUCGCAAAGAGGCGUGAGUGGACGAUGCGAGAGACCCUUAGAAAGUCUGCGCGCAAGGUUGUCACUGCCCUCACACCUCGAAGAACAGAGUUCCCCUCUUCAGUCAAAGAUGGCCCUAUUCCAACACAUCGCAACCGUACACGGAUUGAUGAUGAUGUCCCGCCAACACCAAGAAUUCGACCUGAGGAUUUGGAGAAGGGACUAGCACAAGCGAAGGCCAAAAGGAAGGAAAAGAAGUGGUCAAGGAAAUAA